AUGCUCUCCAACCUGCCCGAGGAUUUCGGGCAUCUUCCUGCCCUCAAAACUUUGGUCCUAGAUAAUCUCGCACUCAAGAGCCUUCCGGAUUCUUUUGGCCUACUCACAUCCCUGGAAACCCUGUUCAUUCUCGACUGCGACGGGAUUUGGAAGCUGCCAGCAGGGUUCUGCAGCCUCACAGCCCUCACCACUCUCUGUCUCGUGAGGCAGCGCUUGAUUCUUCCAGAAGACAUUGGCUCACUGUCACGCCUGCACACUCUUCUGCUGGAUGGCAACACUCAGAAACAGCCACUCCCCCCCUCUUUCACCCAGCUGAGAUCGCUAACCAGGCUUGCGCUGAAUCAGUGCAAGAUUGAGAUGCUGCCAGAGGACAUGGGGAAUCUAAGCCGCUUAAAGCAGCUCCACAUUGCCUCAUGCGAUCAGCUAAGCCACCUGCCAGCGUCUCUUUCAGCCCUCCGGUGCCUUCAAAUCCUAACCGUUCAUUUCUGUCAACAGCUCUCCUGGCCUUCGAUGCGUCUGGACCGACUCACGAGGCUCAAACACCUCGAGAUCACCGACUGCCAGUUGCUGCCUGAAUCCGUCCAAUGUCUGCCGCCCUCUCUUGAGAAGCUGAGUCUGGCGAGCAGGAGGAGCAGCCCUGCCCCUCUGCUGACAAUCCCGGUGCUGCCAAAUCUGAGGGAGCUGAAGCUAUCUCGGGUUCAUGUCUGCCACACAAUGGAAUUCAGUGAAAGCUUGUCAAGUCUGAAGCACUUGGAGCUGGUGUUAGAAGAUGCUGCAACAGAGCUUCCACUCCCGCUGGCAUCCCUUUCUCAGCUGCACACGUUGGCGAUCUAUCAUGCUGCCAAGAUUCCCUCUCUUCCAGAGAGUAUCGGCUUCAAGUUACACCAGCUGAGAGAGCUGCAGAUACAUGGUGCAGAGGAAUUGUCUGAGCUGCCAGAGAGCAUCACGCAGCUUCAGCAGCUGACGCGGUUGGAGGUUCAUGCAUGCAAGGUCACUCACCUCCCAGAGGGCAUCGGUGCCUUAACCAGGCUGUGCAAACUGAACCUGGCAAGUUGCAAGGCAUUGGAACGGCUCCCUGCUUCUCUCACCAGCCUCGCAUGCCUGACUGAGCUCGAUCUUGCAUCCACCCUCAUUGACUCGCUCCCUCCCCGCUUUGUGCGGCUUGCUGCACUAAGGUGCCUUGUCUUGGAUGGAUGUUGGCGGUUGAGUGCGCUACCGUCGGACAUGGCUGAUUUGAAGAUGCUGCAGUAUCUGGGUGUUAAGGGGUGCAGGCAGUUGAUGGAUCGUGAUGGCUAUUUUCUUUCGCACGCCUCUCUUUCAUCGCUCUCCUCGUUUCUUUCUCAUCUCUCAUCUGUGCCUGUCUCGUUUCGACGGGACCUCGCAGAUGAGGUGGAGCGCGACGAGGAGGAGGAGGAAGAGGAGGGCGAGGGCGACGACGUGAACGGGGAGGACGACGAUGAAGAGGAAGGUAGGCCGCGGAGGAAGGUAGGGCAAGAAGGGGGCGGGAGAGGUAGGGCGCGCGGAGGAAGGGAGGAGGAGGAGGACGAGUUGGAUGAGGACGACUAUGCGCUGCUGCAGGAGAGCGGCGUGGGGGGCUUCCACCGCCCUGCCAAGAAGGAUAAGAAGUUCCGGAGGUUGAAGAAGGCACGGCACAUGGGGGGCGAUGAAGACGGGUUGCUGAUGGAUGACGAGGAGGACGAGGAGGGCGGCAUGCGCGCCCAGCAGCGAGUGGAGAGGGAGAUAUUCGGGGAUGAGGAUGUGCCUGAGGAUUUCCAGGAGAGGGAGGGCAGGGGCGAGGAGGAGGAGAUGGAGGAAGACGAAGGGGAAGAGGACGAGGAGGAGGAGGACGAAAUGGCAGAUUUCAUCGUCGAGGGCGGAGUGGACGACACGGACGAGCAUGGGCGGCGGCGCCGCAAGAAGAAGAAGAAGGGCACGCACAUGCCAGGUGUCACCUCCGAGGCGCUCCUCGAGGCGCAGGAUAUUUUCGGUGAUGUGGCGGAUCUGCUGGAGCGGCGGCGCGUGGAGCUGGAGAGGCAGAGGAGGGAGGGCGGGGAGGGGGGCGCGGGGGGGUAUUACUAUGAGGAUGGGAUGGGGGUGGAGGGCGGGGAGGAGUAUGGGCGGGAGGGGGCGAGUGGCGCGUCGGCGCUGUCGAAGCAGUAUGAGCCGAGCCUGUUGGAGGCGAAAUACAUGACGGAGCGGGAUGAAGCCAUUCGAGCCAGAGAUGUGCCCGAGAGGCUGCAGCUCCUGGAGGAGGUGGUGGGUGUAAUUCCGGAAAAUGAGGACCAUCUACUGGAAGCCGAGUGGAUCUACGAGCGCGUGUUUGGCUCCUUAGCCCCCGACCACCUGCGGCGCAACGAGUUCUCGUACGCCGCUGAUGCUGAGAGGCGCGCCGCCACGUGCGCGAGGGAGGACGUGGAGAAGUGCAGACGAGAGGCCGUGGCGGCGAGAGAUGGGGCGAUCGAGCAGAUUGCUGCUGUGCUGGAGGAGCUGCACGAUGCUAAAGUGGAGGUGCCGUACAUAGCAAUCCACAAGAAGGCCAUCUGCCCGGCCCUCGUGGAGCAGGACAAGCUCGACGAGCAGCCACAGCUGCAGUCCUUCCAGGCCCUGUGGGCGAUUCAGCAGUGGGACCGUCGCUGGCUGCUGCUGCAGCGCCGCAAGCGCUCCCUGCGCUCCGCCUACGAGCGGCCGCGCAUCGACGAGGACGAGGAAGCAGAGCGGCAGCUCGCCAUGCAAGGCGUGCUGCACGCCCUCGACUGUGCGCUCUCGGAACCCGCCGUGGAGGAUGUAGACGCCAAGUUCAACCUGCAGUUUCCGCCGGAAGAGGCGGUGGCGGAGGAGGGUGGGAGAGGGGGUGGGGGGCAGCAGAGGAGGCCGAGGAAAAGGUCAAUGUACUCGGUGUGCCGGCGCGCUGGGCUGAAGGGCGUGGUGAAACGCAUUGGACUGUCCGCGUUCCAGCUGGGGGAGAAUUUGAUUUCCAUGUACAAGCAACACGAGGUGGAGGACACGGCGCUGUCACCAGAGGAGGUGGCAACAGAGUAUAUCUGUGCUGAGUUCCCCUCGCCUGCACUCGUGCUCAGAGGCGCUCGCCACAUGGCGGAGGUGGAGAUAAGCAUAGAGCCCAAGGUGCGCGAGCACGUGAGGGAGAUCUUCAACAAGCGCGCCAUCGUCUCCACCAACCCCACCCCGCGCGGCCGCCAGGUGAUCGACACGUUCCAUCGCUUCGCAGGCAUCGAGCGCCUCAAGGACAAGCCGGUGGGGGAGUUCCGCGACGACCAGUGGCUGCUCAUCGCCAAGGCGGAAUCGCAGGGGCUCGUGCAGGUGGAGCUGGGACUGCCGCCUGCUGUCGUGCAGGAGAACGUGAUUCAGGAGUUUGAAGCGGCCUACCUCUCGGACGGCGUCUCGCACUUGGCCUCGCUGUGGAACGAGCAGCGCCGCACCAUUCUCCGAGCAGCAAUCGCCGCCCGGCUGCUGCCGACCAUGCACAAGGAGACGCGCCUGCUCCUCACCGGCCGCGCCAAGGCAUUUGUCGCGGAACAGUGCGCCCUCGCCCUCUGGAAACACGUCUCCGUCGCCCCCUUUGACAUUCGGGCCAAGGGCGCCGGGGGUGGUGGAGGGGGCGGGAUGGGCGGAGGCGGUGGAGGGGGUAUGCGGGGCGGUGGGGGGAGGGGCGGGAGGCAUGGGGGAGGGGAGGAGCACGGGGGAGGGGGCCAGCCGUGGCUGCGGGUGAUGGCGUGCUGCUGGGGGCCGGGGAACCCCGCGACCACCUUUGCCAUGCUGAACGCCGCGGGGGAGAUGGUGGAUUUUCUCCAUACUGGCUUUCUCUGUGCCCGCACCGGCCAGCCUAAGGGGGAUGCUGCAGCGCUGGGGGGAGCUGCUGGGGGGAUGGGGGGAGCGGGGGGAGCGGGGGGAGGGGGAGGGGGAGGGGGCGAGCAGCAGGUGAUGGUGAUGAAGAAGCGGGAGGAUGAGCGGCGGCUGAUGGCGUUUGUGAAGGAGCACAAGCCGCAUGUCGUGGUGGUGGGCGGGGCUAACCUCGCGUGUGAGAGGCUCAAGGAUGAGAUCUGGGAGGUGAUAUUCAAGAUCGUCGAGCACUUCCCUCGCGACCUCACCUCCGAUGUUGACAACGUCCGCGUGGUGUUUCAAGACGAGACACUCGCUCUGCUCUACGAGAAUUCUGCUAUCUCCCAGGAGCACCUGCCCUCCCAGCCAGGCAUAGUGCGGCGCACGGUGGGACUCGGCCGUUACAUGCAGAACCGGCUGGCGCUGGCAGCGUGUCUGUUUGGGCCGGCGAGGGAGGUGCUAUCUGCCAAGUUCCACCGCUCUCAGGACCUGCUGCCGCCCGAUGACGUGUACGACGCGCUUGAACGCGUCAUGGUCACUGUCACCAACCAGGUGGGAGUGGAUGUGAACUACGCAGCACAGGAGUCGCAGGACUGGCUCUUUGCGGCCCUGCAGUUCGUGUGCGGCCUCGGACCCAGAAAGGCCUCCACGCUUAAAGUGCGCAUACUGGGAGAGGGUGUGGUGCGGAGGCGCAAGGAUCUCAUCGACCCGCCCUUCCUGCUCGACCAGGUCGUCUUCAUCAAUGCAGCAGCGUUCAUUCGGGUCCGAGGGCAAGAUGACAUGCUAGACGAUUCACGGAUCCACCCAGCAGACUACCGCCUGGCGCUCAAGGUGGCCACUGAUGGGUACUGUGAGGCACACCGCGGCAUGACUCCACACAGCGUGGAGGAACGCGGCAUUGAUGUGGUUCUCGAGGCUCGGGACAACCCGGACCUGAUCCGCAGGCUCGAUUUCGAGGACUACGCGGUGAUGCUGGCUCGGAAGGGGCAGGGCGGGCUGAAGGAGAAGCUGCUGCUGAUUCGUCGCGAGCUGAUGCACGGGUUUGCCGAGUGCCGCGUGAAGUUUGAGCAGCUGAAUGCUGAUGAGCAGUUCUGGCUGCUCAGUGGGGAGACGGAGGAGAGUCUUGCGGUGGGGAAGGUGGUGACUGCGACGGUGAAGCGAGUGCUGAAGUUCAAGGUGUUGUGUGCGUUGGAGAGCGGUGUGCUGGGGGAAGUGGACCGGAGGGACUUUAGUGAUGACCCGAAUGUGGAGCUGCGGGAUGUGGUGACUGAAGGGCAGCCGCUCACAUGUCGUAUUAAGGAAGUGAAGACGGAAGAGGCUAAGGUGAUCCUGACGUGCAAGGGCAGCGAUCUGAGGAGCAGCGAGUGGAGGGAGAUGCGGCAGUGGGACCCGUACUACCAGCGCGCUGCAGUGGAGCAGGAGGAGCAGGCAGCGACGGAGGAGAGGAAGCGCAAGGAGGAGGAGAAGCGCAAGACCGCCUUCCGCCCCCGCAUGAUCACCUACCCGCUCUUCCACAACGUGUCUCUUGAAGGCGCUAAGAAG